UACUAACUUCAUACGAAAUGUUACAAGUUUAAUUGUAAAUAAGUCAUUAUAACCUUUGUUUUCCUUCGUUUUGAGUAAAUAAAUAUUUGCUCACUUGCAUACUUGGAAAAGUAACAGUUUUUCCAUGUUCAAUUGAGUCAAAAGUUACAAUAUCAUAUGGAAACGCAAUAGAUGAUGUAUAUGCACAGGGAAAUAAAAAAUACUCUGUGGUACAAUUUAUUGUAGAUAAGACAUUUUCCGAGAUACCAACGUCAUGGCUUGUAAACGACGGAAAAAAACAACUAUGUAUGUGGCCGCCACGUACAGCAAACGCUGCAAAUUUUAUUGCUAAUUAUACUAAUCCUAAUUACGACACUUGGAUUACGUUCGAGGUUGACUUAAUAAAACACUGUUCAUCCCUAGAAUCUGCAAGAAAGACUGCAGCUGACUCAAACUAUGAAACAAUUGAUGAGGAUAGAUUGGGUUGCGGCAGAAGGCAACAUAUCUCACAUAAUCGUUACAGCAGCGAAGAUGAAGAGAAUAACAGCGUUAAAUCUCGACCAUAUAAAAAAAAAGCGACUCAUGCGAAUAAAGUUGUUUCUGCCAUUCCAUCUUGUCCGGACAAUUUUACGUUCAUUGAAGUACCAAGUAUUAAUGAAGGAAACAACGUAAGAAGCAUUAAUGUUACGAAGAAAGACAUUCAAUCUUCACAAUCUUCUGGUGAUUCUGGUGAAAAAAGAAAGACCUAUACAAACCCUCAGGAAAUUUCCGAGAUACCCAUAAUAUUUGAAGAUUGUGGUCCGUCAUAUGAAGAAAUAUCAGAGGAAUCGAAUACAACAAUAAAGUAUUUGAAGCAAAUAACACGUAUGCAAGCAACAUUACUUUUAACGUUGCAAGACAUAAAAGAACGACUAAGCAGAGUCGAAGAUAUAAUGAAAAACCGCACUUCUGUGUCAAAUAAGAAUGAUAAUCUUAUCGGACAUCUAUUACUGCUGAACACAAUUGGAAGUAUACAAGACUUUGAUUCGUUCUUACGCAACACCGAUGAAGCAGUCAAGCAAUUUAAAAGCUUUCUGUUAAGGAUUGGUGGGAAUAAUCCAAGAGACAAUAUCCAGCGCAUUCUUCCUAAAAUAUUAACGAACGAAUGCGCAAUGAAAUGCUCUUGGAAAGGCAUUCGCAACAAUUUUAAAGUCGCCGAUUUAUUUCUUAUAAAAAUUAUGAGAAGAGAAAUUAUAUAAAAGUGGCAGAACACUUUACAUCAUUCAAAUUUGACGGAGGCUGAAUUUGAUGGAAUAGUGGCGGAAUGGUUGCGUUUUGCCAAACAAAGAAAUGAGAGAGUACUAAAACAAGCUCAUGAAGACAAUAGUGAAGAAAAUAAUUAAUUAACGGAAAAAAUGAAUACGUUUACACAACGAUGCUAAUAGGGCUUAAAUUAAUGUUUAGAAGACGAUGUAAAUGCUACAUUACGCCAUACAGUAUUUCCGUCUUGUAGACUUUAAUUUAAACUCGAUUAAUGUCUCAUGUUAAUGUUGUCUAUUUGUCUCUGUCAUUUCUGCCACGCUUUUGUCGCUCAGUGCUUCUUCUAAGUAUAGUGAUAUAGUUAUAUUUUAAUGAUUGCGCAAUUCACUGUGUUGCACUGAUAGGAAUUAUAUAACCAAAACUAUUUUUUUUUGUAAUGGAAGAAGUGCAAUAAUGACAUUAUCAUACGGGAUGUUCUCAUCUUUAUUAUAGUAAUUAUUAUAUUAUUAAUUAUUGUUUUUAUUAAUAUAUAUCACAAGCUUUACACGUUAUAGAAACAAUGAUAAAUUUCGAAAUUUAGUUAUAAAUGCAAUGUGUUUUACGUUCUUCAUUUAUCAAUAAGAUAAAAGGACACAAAUGUCCGAAUAUAUAUACUUAGAUAUUUUUAUUUAUUUGAAGUCAAUUUGACUUGUUAAGCUAACAAGCAAACUAUUUUUCUUACUACACGUUUAUUUGUUAAUUUAUCUAAAAGUUAGAACAAUAGACUUUGUUCUAAUAGAUUUUGUUGGUUUUUUUAAACACGAAUAUUUACGAUUUGAUCAAAAAUAUAUCUUAAGUUUUAUACUAAAAAGGUAUAUGUAUACAUUUAAAGAUCAAAACAAAAAUAAUUUUCGGGUUUAGGUAUGUUUCGGAUUCGACUGAGGUCAGCCGAGGACCGACGUAAAGCGCCGGUUGUGCCUAGCGCAAGGCAGAGGAGUAGUGCGGAGGAAAUGAGUAGCCACGAGGUUGGAUGGAGAUCAAGUCGUAUGAGUCACUCAGUGUUUUUUGUUUGUUGUUUAUUAACUUGUCAAGUUGUCGGUUCACAGCUCGUCCGGUCUCACGUAAGGCGAAAAUCGGAAAUCUUCACCGAGCUCGUGUGCCGAGGGCCUUAAGUUGCGCGGCGGAAAUCUUGCCGAGAAUCGAUUCGAUCCUCAAUCGACGGAGAUCUUGCCGCGAAACGUCGGAAAUCUUGACUGCGCGGCCCUGAGCUCGUUUACGCGCGCGGCUGAGACCGACGGCUUACUCUAUAGGACGAUGCACAAUUAACAAUUGAUUAAAGUUCGAGACCGAACGUCGCACGAGCGUUCGGACAGCGCAAUUGACGGCUUUUGCUUUAAGUAAACGACUCUCGGUCCGCAAUCCACUCGGUUUGCCCGAUCGUGAGCGAUGCAAGUCAGCUGUUGGGCAACUGGCGAGUCACUAGAGUCUGGAACGCGUAGCGAUACUGAUAGAGCGAAAGCUCGUGAAGACGCGAUCCAGGAUAAGGAAUCUCACGGAUUCCGAUGGCGAGCUGCGAUAUCCCCAGUGGGAUGUGAGCUCGAGAGAACCCGCCGCGAGUUAACAGACCGAUUUGUGUAAAAGAAAAAACGAACUUGAUUCUCACUGAUUCGAGUUUGUAAGAGAAGUACAGUCGAAGUGAGGAGCCGCUUUGAGCGGUCGCAUUUAUACCGAUUUUUGAAAGGGCUACGACGCGAGUGGAUUGGACCAGCGAAGCAAGGCGAGAAACGGUUUUCGCCACGAGAGAGAGUCUAUAUUACCUUAUUUAGGCAUUUGUCGAGUGACACGAGCUUUUCGCGGCGCGAGCCGCCAGCCGAUUCGCGGAAUCCUUGUUUGUGCGAUCCGUUGCCAUGGCGAUCGCUCGGAUCCUUACGACGGCUGACGGCUCGCUGGCAUCGCGAUGCUGGGAUCGCACGUGAUACGAACGUGCGAUCAACAUUGAAAGGACAAAAUGCGUCGCUUGUGUGCCGAAUUAGAGCAUCGAGUUAUGUUUGUUUCAAAUAAAUGCUUGCCGCAGCGGUCACCGGUCCCCGCUGACGUGAGGUUAACCGUCAAGUUGGUUCGAAUCUCGAACAAGAUAUAUGUUCAAAAAUUGGCAAAAUUCAUAAUUAAUUUCAAUAUUAUAAACCUUGUGCUACUACAUACUUUUAAUUUUAAAAGCAUAAAUGAUUUUAAUGAAUAACUUCUUUCAUUUAAUUUUUUAAAUUUUGUUAUCGACGUGAUUAAGUAAAUCGCGAAUAGAAUAAUUUUGAAGCUUUAUCUUCUUUUUGAAAAAAAAAGUACUCAAACUUAUGAAAAUAUGCCCAAUUUUGGGUCUAUUCCUUGUAAUGUUUGGUUUUUACAUUCAACAUGUGAUGCUUUUUUCGCAAGCUUGAGUAUUUAUUUUUUCGUAAGGGUUGUACAAUAUAAAAUGUGGAUAUCAAUUGUAUAAUAUGAAAUGUAAAUACAUAUUUACCAAAUUUUAUUUUUU